UCUGAUCUAAAUCAUUAAGCUCCACAGCAAUCAUACCACACCAUGUCGUCAUGAGCCCUCACACUAAUCUGCCCUCUCAUUGGACACGAAAGUAGGCGUGUGGAGACGCACAGGGCGUCUCAUUGCUCAAUGUGCUGUCCAUCCCAGAAAAAGUCAAGAACAAGCACACAAAGACACUAGUGGGUGCCUCGGAGCCUUUAUCAUAAAGUCAGAGGGCAGUUUACAUAUUUUACAGCCCACUCACUCAAUAAUAAAAGUAUAUUUUUGGGGUUAAUGCUGAACCUGUAAUAACCCCUGAAUAACCCAAAAGUCGCCAUCUAUAUCUCAGUUCAUGUAAUCAAUAUCAUAUCAAUAUCAUGCACUUGUGACAAAUAAGGAAACGCAUGGUAUUUAAUUCAUUACUUACAUAAUGUUUAGUUGUCUAUUUAUAGAAUAACAUGUUCAUUAUUCGUAACUGAAUGAAACAGUGUUUUAGAAUGCCAUAGGCAUGUUGAAAUGUAAAAUCUGCAUCCACUGGCUUGCACACAAACCACUAAAUGUUUUGCAUUAAACAAAUUCGCAUGUCCUUAAAAGUGGCCACACUUUGGGCAUCUUAGAUAAUCGUUUCCAAAUUACAAUAUGCACCAUAAAAGGGCUGGUUAUGAAAUUUACUGAUAGUCCUUAAAAGUCCACAACAAGUAAUGAUGAACUAUUCAUUUCUAUACCAGUCCACAGAUAUGAACAGUUGCCCCCAUUCAGCCUGAAGCGGAGUCAUGUGUUGCCUUUUCUAAUGCCACAUUAUUGGAUGUGUGUUGAAAAUAGCUCAACAUCUGCUCUUUGCCUUCCAUUUGUAGGAGUCUCCUGGCUGCGCUCUGGUUGGCUGACGCCCUUGUCAAUCACGGUGUCCUUGCCGCCUACUUCCGCUAGGCUUCAGAGACACUGCACUUUUCGAUUGUUUAUGUUACUUGGGGCUGUUCCGACACCAACUCGCAGGCGGUGUGUUUUUUGGCUGUUUGGGAUGCUUGGAGACGGGUCCGACAUUGGAGUAACGUUCAGUUACACUCUCCGGUCAGCAUGAACAGCGAGGAGGAAUUUUUCGACGCAGAGACAGGGCUGGAGUCUGAUGACUCCGCCGAGGUCAGCUUCAAAGAUGCCCUGGUGUUCGACAGCCUGCAGCUGACCGGCGGGGCUGGUCAGCAGAACGGAGUCUGGGAGCGCAGGUUUAUUGUGAUCCACUCUUUUCCUGUGGUGUUGCAGGAGCUGUCCAAAAUAGCGAUGCCCGUUGUGUUUAACGAGCCCCUGAGCUUUCUCCAGAGAAUGUCGGAGUACAUGGAGCACACACACCUCAUCCACAAAGCCUGCAGCCUAUCUGACUCCAUAGAACGCAUGCAGGUUGUUGCUGCAUUUGCUGUUUCUGCUGUCGCAUCUCAGUGGGAGAGAACUGGAAAACCAUUUAAUCCUCUACUAGGAGAGACUUAUGAACUGACAAGAGAGGACGAAGGAUACAGAUUGAUCUCAGAGCAGGUGAGCCACCACCCCCCGAUCAGUGCCUUCCACGCCCAGUCGCUGAAGCAGGAGUUCGAGUUUCAUGGCUCCAUCUACCCAAAGCUGAAGUUCUGGGGCAAGAGUGUGGAGGCUGAGCCUAAAGGCACCAUGACACUGGAGCUUUUAAAAUUUAAAGAAGCUUACACGUGGACUAAUCCGAUGUGCUGUGUGCAUAACAUCAUCUUGGGGAAGCUCUGGAUCGAACAGUACGGAACAGUGGAGAUAGUCAACCACAGAACGGGAGACAAGUGCAUUUUGAACUUUAAACCAUGCGGGAUGUUUGGAAAAGACCUGCACAAAGUGGAGGGACACAUCCAGGACAAAAGUAAGAAGAAGCGGCAAGUGAUCUAUGGGAAGUGGACAGAGUGCAUGUACAGCGUGGACCCCAAGACCUACGAGGCCCACAGGAAGGCGGAAAAAAAGGCGGGAGGAGACUCUAGGAAGCUGAGACAGGAGCGUAGCUGCGAAGGGGAGGAUGCAGACGAGAUGCCAGAAGCUCAAGAGACUGUGACUGUGAUUCCAGGAAGUGCCUUAUUAUGGAGGAUCACGCCGCGGCCUGCUCACUCAGCACAGAUGUAUAACUUCACCAGCUUUGCAGUGACCCUAAACGAGCUGGAGCCCGGCAUGGAGAGCCUGCUGGCGCCGACCGACUGCCGGCUGAGGCCGGACAUCAGAGCCAUGGAGAACGGGGACAUAGAUUUAGCUAGUGGCGAGAAAGAGCGCUUAGAGGAGAAACAGAGAACCGCUCGAAGGGAACGCUCCGUGGAUGAGGAGGACUGGUCCACCAGGUGGUUCCAGCCGGGAACAAACCCUCACACGGGAGCCGAGGACUGGCUGUACACAGGUGGAUACUUUGACAGGAAUUACUCGGACUGCCCCAACAUUUAUUGACGCCGGAGGCUCUGUUAGGAUUCACCUGUUAGGAUUUUGCAGCCUGUCAGAUUUUGUGACUUUGUGAUGGCCAGAUGCUCCGCCGGUACCGUGUCUCUGUUAGAAUCCGUGGGAAUUGAAAUCUGUUUCUCAGAUUAUCUACAACUGACUGUGAACACACUCCUCAUUAGAAGGGUAAUAUAAAUGGGAAUUUCCAACCUUACUGACUUUAAAUGUUGAUAUCAUACACCUCCUCCGUUAACUACCCCGAACAUGUAUGCCACUCGUCAUCUGAGGGUUUUAACUGAAGAAGCUGCUGCCAGACACAAAAAGAUAUAUAUUCAUAUAUUCAGUCAUGACCUCAAGCAUUAUCUCACCUGUUGGCUCACCACACACUUCUGUCUAGUCACAAUCAAUUAUCAGAGGUUAUUCAAAGACUUCCUUUCACAUAACUGACUUGGAAAUUAGAUGUUUAUUUCAUUUAGCACUAAACACUUCUAAAAUGUCACGAGCGUCUCUGUGAAUAGACUCAAAAGUAGAAAUGAAAGCUGCUUAGAACCCUGUUUGCUGCUACAGUGAGCAGAUAGUGUUGGUACGUUUAUGUGGUUGUCUGCUGUAAUAUAGAUGAUGUUCGGAACGGCUGGUGCACGCAUGCCCACGAGGUGUUAACUGACACGUGUUAAAGCCACGAGAAAAAGAAAACUUUCCCGCACUGGGGACUCUAAAAUAAAUGGAUACAGAGAAUAUUUGUUUAUGGAAACACCCCAGUCCCUUCACCUCGAUCUGUGAAGGCCUCAGCUACGCUAGAGUCACGUUUUGAACAAUUCAGAGCGCUUUUACUGGAUGGAAAAUAUUGAAAGAAAAGGAGGAUACACUCAUCAAACUUCAAUCUUUAUUUCUUUUUCACUUCUUUUGGGCAACCAGGCCUGUAAACUUAAAACAUAACACUGUAGUUUACUUUGAUAAGGUUGUGAGAUACAGUAUGUGACAUUAACAUGUUGGGAAUUUGGUGCCAUGAAGUUAUUGCCAAACUAGCUAUUAGGGGGCCAUUUUUUCAAAGUGCUAGAGAACAGAUAGCAUAAAAGAAAACAAAGUGAUCAUCAGGCAAGUUCAACAUUCAAGCAUUAGGGAGAGAAACAGCCUCUGGAAAUCCAAGGGCAACAUGUGCCACAUCUGUCAAAUGUCAUAUGUCUGGACAAAGAGGGAAGUUUGAUGUAAAAAAAUAACUGUGGCUCCGGAAGCUGUCUGGAGAAGCGCCCCACAGCUCUGUGCAAAAAGCUGGGUCAGACUGCCUCCUCACAGCCCCAUCUCUCUUCGUUUAAGAACACGUGACACAGACUAAUUUGACAGUGCCCCAUUUGAGAGUCAUUUUGAAGUCAACGCUUUCUGGCACAACCAAUCCAGUGAGAUGGGAUGCUGCCGGCAUCGCCAACCUAUGCAAACCGAACCAAGCCUCCUCCCAGGGCCUCCUGAAAUAGGAAAGAAAAUCUGAAUCAAACAUGCAGUUUAGCUCAUAAGCCUUUUUUUGUUUUCUUCAGGCGCUCCGGAGGCAGCAGUUGAUGAGAGUUGUGCACUAACAAUGUCCACAUAUGUAAAAACUCUUACAGGCAAUCUGUUUAGUUACUUUAUGUUUCCAAACACUAACAAAAAAACACAACAAAACUGCACAUUUGAACGCUCACAGUCCUAUGCACAUAGAUGUACAGUGAAAUCUGCCCCAAGCUGUUUCUUCCUUUUUUCCGAAUUCAAAGCACUUUGUGAAACCCGCAGACACUGCAGGUUCAGUCUGAUGCUUCUUCUCAUCUUUCCCCCCCGUCGUGCCUCUUUGUCAAGCAUCCUUUUAAAAAUGUUUACAUUGUAUGUAUGUUGAUCUUUUUGUUUCCCUCCCUCCUCAUAAUGUACCCACACAUAACCAUAUGCAUACAAAGCAUAUUUAAGAAAUAAAUUAUGGACUUCAGAAUGACCUAUGCUGUCAUCUUACUUUGUACCAUGUCACAGGAUAUUAAUGUGUGUCCGUUUAUCUGCCUGUUAAAAAAUCAACCUGAUGG